CCGCGCGGCGGAAGUGGCUCCCGCGCUGGGACUUGAGUGUUUGUGUUUUGGUUCGCGAAGGAGUCAGCGGCCGGCCUGAGGGGAGGAGGCGGAGGAGGGAGGAGGAAGAAGAAUUAGUCGGAGCUGGAGCGCCGGCGUCGGCGGAGGAGGAGAAAGAGACAGGCGGAGCGGAGAGAGGCGGAGACGGAGGCCAACGGGGGCGGCACCAAGGCGCGAGUCCCGCGCCGACCAGUCUGAGUGGAGCGGCGCGCGGAGGAGACGCGCUGCCACAGCCUCAGCCUCAGCCUCCUGUCGGGCUACGUCUGGAACCUACUGCCGGGAAGCGUCAGUCCCGCGGCUCCGCGCCCUGCGGUCUCAGGUUUCUUUACCUCCAGAAAGAAAAACAUUGGCAUCUUGCAUCCUGGAAGUUCAUUUACGGGACUGAAUUCCUUAGGGACUUAUUUCACAAAUUUGGACAUGGCUAAUCGAGGAGCAACAAGACCCAACGGGCCAAACACUGGAAAUAAAAUAUGCCAGUUCAAACUAGUACUUCUGGGAGAGUCUGCUGUUGGCAAAUCAAGCCUAGUACUUCGUUUUGUGAAGGGCCAAUUUCAUGAAUUUCAAGAGAGUACCAUUGGGGCUGCUUUUCUAACCCAAACUGUGUGUCUUGAUGACACAACAGUAAAAUUUGAGAUUUGGGAUACAGCUGGUCAAGAACGAUACCAUAGCCUAGCCCCAAUGUACUACAGAGGAGCACAAGCGGCCAUAGUUGUAUAUGAUAUCACAAAUGAGGAAUCUUUUGCCAGAGCCAAAAAUUGGGUUAAAGAACUUCAGAGGCAAGCCAGUCCUAACAUUGUAAUAGCUUUAUCAGGAAACAAGGCUGACCUUGCAAAUAAAAGAGCUGUUGAUUUCCAGGAAGCACAGUCCUAUGCAGAUGACAACAGUUUAUUAUUCAUGGAGACAUCAGCUAAGACGUCAAUGAAUGUAAAUGAAAUAUUCAUGGCAAUAGCUAAAAAGUUGCCCAAGAAUGAACCCCAGAAUCAAGGAGCAAAUUCUGCCAGAGGAAGAGGAGUAGACCUUACUGAGCCCACACAGCCCACCAGGAGUCAGUGUUGUAGUAACUAAACCUCCGGUUUGAACUUGCUGGAAUAUUCUUCUGCUUCAUAAAUGUUAAUAACAGUGGAAUUGGAGCAUUUAACCAGCCCAGUAUGACUUCCAAAAAGAAGAGACUUACAAUAGAAUCAAGUUUCUAAUACAGAAUUAUUUUAAGUGUUUUGAACUUAAUUUUUAAUAACAUGCAUGUGACCCUCUGACUAAUGUUUCAGCAGUAGAAGGGGGAGUGAGAGCUGUGUGUUUGUUUCCUUUUUUCCUUGGAAAGUUAGGGGAAUCAUUUCUUUUCACCAGGAACAUAGUCAAGUGACUGACUGAACCCACAGCUAACCAGCCAGUUCUAUGAAAAAGAUUUGAAACUUACUAAUUUGGGCUUUUCAAAAACACUGCUUUUUUUUUUAGAAGAAGGGUCUAAAGAUAUUUAUGCUUAGCUACAAUAUUCAGGCAACUGGCAAUUUCUCUUAAUAGCCAUAUUUAAAGCGUACAUUCCACAUUUUAACAGAUUAGCCACAAGAAAACAGUCCCAUAUCUUCAGGGGGAAGGAAAUGAACAUUAGUGGCAUCUAAAUUAUAGCCAGUUCUGUUAUUUUUUAAAUGGGGUAAAAAAAUCAGUGUAACCCCAUCUGUUUUAGGACUAUGAAAACCAAUAAAUGCAUAGUAAGGAUCGUAUUCCCUUGAAACAUGUGAGCUCUUCAACAAAAAUGAAACAAACCAGGGAUCUGUGAUUUCUGUUUAAUCACUGCUGGCCAUUACAUAGGUUUUGUUCAUGGGCAGGGAGGGGCUUUUGUUCCCUUUGGACAUAAUAUAGUCAGUGCACUAACAAUUAUGUACAUUCAGACUUGAUUAUUUUAAAUUCUAUCAUCAACUGUACUGUAAAUAGGGUACUGCAAUAUAGUCUCCAUAUAUGUUUAUUACUUUCCAUAAUAUUUAAGAGUUGCUUAAAAGUAUACAAAAUGUACAGUUACUAAGACAGCUAAUUUUUUUCCUUCUUCCCCCUUUGAAAGGAAGGGGCUUCAGUUGUUCUUACGUGGCUAGAACCUAAUAAACAACGUACCAGUAAUUUGUAACCUAAGUAUUGCAGUAUGUUAGUAACAACCUCGCAGCCUUGUUUUAACAGGUUAUUUUAUUUUGAUCAGUUCAGUAUAUUGCACUAAUUGUUUUAGGAAUUUUCAUUAUAUGAAAUCUACCAUGUGGCAGAGAUGAUUUAAUCUAUUUAAGUGUUGAACUGCUAGCAGAACUUGUACAUUUACAGUGAUUCAGAAUUAGUAAGGAAAACAGUUCACCAGUGUUUAGUUUUAUAUUGAGGUGCUCAGGUUGGAAUAAAGUGGUAUAAAAAGCAA